AUAAGUAAAAGAAUAUACCCAAAUCAAAACAGGAAUCAGAUUCAUAUAGAGAGAGAGAGAGAGAGAGCUCUCUGUAUAUAUCAAAAUCAAUUUGUUCCUUCUUUAGUAAAGGAAAACAGAGUGUGAAAUUGAAUCUGACAGCGAGAAAGAGAUAAUGACGAAAGUUGGCCUGAGAGAUUCUCCGGCUAAAGAAACAGCUUCGACGACGACGGCGCCGCCGACAAAAAAACGAUUUUUGACUCCGGGAAGAUUCGUUACAAUUUUAUGUAUCAUUAACUUGAUCAAUUACGUGGAUCGAGGAGUGAUCGCGAGUAAUGGUGUUAACGGAAGCUCAAAAACAUGCGAUGCCAAAGGUGUUUGCUCUGCAGGAACUGGAAUUCAGGGAGAAUUUAGCUUAUCCAACUUUGAGGAUGGUCUUUUGUCAUCUGCGUUUAUGGUUGGACUUCUUGUUGCUUCUCCAAUAUUCGCUGGAUUGUCCAAAAGAGUUAAUCCUUUUAAACUAAUCGGUGUCGGCUUAACGGUUUGGACGAUUGCUGCUCUUGGUUGCGGGUUUUCCUACAACUUCUGGAUGAUUGCUGUUUUUCGAAUGUUUGUUGGAGUUGGUGAGGCUUCGUUUAUAAGUCUUGCAGCACCCUAUAUUGAUGAUAGCGCACCUGUUGAAAGGAAAAAUUUCUGGCUUGGACUGUUCUACAUGUGUAUACCUGCCGGAGUUGCUCUAGGCUAUGUGUUUGGUGGAUACAUUGGAAACCAUUUGGGCUGGCGUUGGGCGUUCUACAUUGAGGCAAUCGCAAUGGCUAUCUUUGUCGUUUUGUCCUUCUGUAUCAAACCACCGCAUCAGCUAAAAGGUUUUGCUGAUAAAGGUUUGAAGAAACCCUCUACAUCUGUUGAAACAGUAGCUCUUACAGAUGCAGAAGCUUCAAAAAUUAAAACCAAAACUCCUAAAUCAAAGAACCUGUUUGUCGUAUUUGGAAGAGACUUGAAGGCUCUUUUCAGCGAGAAAGUAUUUAUCGUAAAUGUUCUUGGUUACAUCACCUACAACUUUGUGAUUGGAGCUUACUCAUAUUGGGGACCAAAAGCUGGUUUUGGUAUCUACCAAAUGAAAAACGCAGACAUGAUUUUUGGAGGACUUACAAUCAUCUGCGGGAUAAUUGGAACAUUAGGUGGGAGCUAUGUGCUUGAUCGCAUAACCGCUACACUUCCAAACACCUUCAAGUUACUAGCUGCAUCAACUUUACUCGGUGCUGCGUUUUGUUUCGUUGCUUUCUUGAUGAAGAACAUGUAUGCCUUCAUUGGUUUAUUCGCACUGGGAGAAAUUCUAAUCUUUGCACCACAGGCUCCAGUUAACUAUGUGUGUCUCCAUUGCGUUAGACCAAACUUGAGACCACUAUCAAUGGCUACUUCAACUGUUUUGAUCCAUAUCCUAGGCGAUGUUCCUUCUUCUCCACUUUAUGGAAAAAUGCAGGAUCGUCUCAAAAAUUGGAGAAAAUCAACUCUUAUCAUUACUUCAAUCCUCUUCCUCGCAGCUAUUAUUUGGGGACUUGGGAUAUUUAUGAAUAGUGUGGACCGGUCUAAUGAAGUAAGUGAAGAUGAUGAGGUCGUAGAAGAAGAGAAAUUGGAAAGCAAAGCAGACAACUCUCCUCUCGUCUAAUUUUUGAAGACAUUUUAUCAUUUUUUUUUUCUUUUACACACGACCAAAUAAUUCUAAUCUCUACACAACAAUUCAUUUCAUUCAAUUUUCUCUUCCUUUAGAUUCUCAGUUUCUUUUGUGUACAUAAACCUAAUUUUUUUGGAAUAAAUUUUUGUUGUUUA